UGUGCCCUUCUGCCGUGCCCUCAGUUGGUGGUAGGACGGAGACGGUCGGACGCGCUUUCCCUUCCUGCAGCCGCACUUCCGGUCUCUGACAUUGAGAGCGAGACGGCCGUGAGGAGCAAGGCAAGACCGAGCAGACAAUAUGUCAGACGACAUCAGUCAGAAGAUUGCUAACUACAAAACAGCUCCCUUCGAUGCUCGUUUUCCAAAUCAAAACCAGACUAAACACUGCACCCAAAACUACAAUGAUUUCCAUCGCUGUGAGAAGUCGCUGAACGCCAAAGGGUUGGACCUCGCUCCGUGUGAAUAUUACCAGAAAAUCUAUCGCUCCCUGUGCCCGUCAUCAUGGGUGGAGAAGUGGGAUGAUCAGAGAGAGGCAGGUACCUAUCCUUGUAAAAUAUAAAAUAGUCUACAUGUCUGUCAAAAUGGACUCUUCUCGAUGCCGCUAAUCUUCAAUGAAGUACAUUAGGAUCGACACUUCAGCUGGAUUUCAUCCAUGUGAAUUUAUUCCUUAAGUAAAUUAAUUUCUAUGUGAAUAAAAAGCUCUGAAGAAUGA